AUGGACCUCACGGACCCAAGUGGCUCGGCGGCCAACACCAACACGGCUCCCGCCCCGGCACCGGCCGACAUGCUGCUCUCCUUCGACUUCGGCGGUGAUAGCAAGCCCCUGCGUGCCAAGCCGGUCCUCACCAAGAAGUAUUACUCCAAGGCCGAGCGCGAGCGCAUGGCCGAGAUGACCGGCACCGCGCCGGCCGGGCCGGCUCCGGUCCCUGCGCCCGUGAGGCGACUCCCCCGGCCGCAGCCGGUCCCCGAUGGGGCGGCCUUUGCCUUGCCGCCCUCGGCCGGCCCGGUCACCGCGUCCCUUGUCGCCGCCCCGAGCGUGGAUCUCGGCCUGGGCGGUGGGGACGGCGGUGCUUUUGGCGGCGGUGCUGGUGCCGGCGGUGCUGGUGCCGGCGGUGCUGGUGCCGGCGGCGCUGGUGCCGGCGGUGAUGGUGGCGGUGCCGGCAGCGGUGGCUUUAGCAGCGGCCUAGUCGGCAUGCUUGGGGGUGGCUCCGGCACCGGUGGCUCCGGCAACGGCCCCGGCCCUGGUGCCCCACUUUCCCCCGACCCGAUGGACUUCUCGGCUGCCGUGGCCGCUCUGAGCGUCAAGUCCAAUGACCGGCAACCUCGGCCGGCCUCCGGCUUCUUUUCUCUCUCAACCGGCGCUCCGGACCCGGCCCCCUCGCAGCCCAGCUCCUUCACCCAGUCGCCGGAUAUGUCCCCCUCGCCGGCUGCCUUCGAGCGCCAGCCGAGCCUUCGCGCCGAGGCGCCCAUCUGGCCGGCUGAACCGACUUCCACGACAACCAUCAGCUCGUCGGCCUUCCUGCCAAGCAGUGGCGGCUACCCUGCCGGGGAGCCUUCAUUCUCUGCCUCUCCCCGGCGGGCCACUGCCGACGCCCCGGCACACCCCCAGCCAGCCUCCCCACGCCCGGGCUUUCGGCCACACUCCGAGCCGCCGGGCUCCUUCUCUUUGGUGGCUCCCCACACCAGUGCUCCCCAAUCCCCGGCAUCCCGGGCAUUGGCCACCGGGCCCGGGUCGACCGGUGAGCUGACCCCUGCUGAGCGUGAGGAAUUGGAGAAGCUUCGCUUCGAGGUCCGUCUUCUGAAGGACGAAGUUGCCGAGCUGGACGAGCGGUGGCGCGCCGAGCGCCAGCGUCGUCUGGCCCUGGAAUCAAGCCAACCGGCCGGCGGCUCGACCCCCUCGCUGGAGUCUGCUGUGGCGGAAAUCCGCCGUCUCACCACCGCCCUGCGCACAUGCGAGUCAACGUGCCAUCAGCUCCGUGAGCGCUCCGAGUACCUUGCCCUUGUGACCGAGACCAUGAAGAAGAACGAGGACAUCCUCCGGAAUUCGGCCCUCGGCUUGCAGGAGCAGCUUCAGCAUGCCAAUGUCGAGCUUGAUCGCCUGCGAUCGGAGCACCAUCGUGAGGUGGGCGCCGCGAAGGCCCGCCUGGCGCUCGAGACCGCCCAAGUCCGGUCGCUUCAAUCUACCCUCGAGCUGCGAGAGCGCGAGAACACCGAACUCUUUGGCAUCUGUGACGAGCUAAUUAAGAAACUCGACUCCGUCCCAUAA